AAGAAGAAAGGCAGGAUAGAAUUAGAAGAGAAGAAAUGGAAUUUGAAUUAUCCAAGUUACGUUUACUAGCCGCUAACGGAAAUGACUCUGGAAAUGGUGGGAAUGAAGAAAAUGGACUAAAAAAAAGCCGAUACGAUCUAAAAAAAAUGAUGCCAAAAUUUGAUCCUGAAGAGAACGAUAUCAGUUUGUAUCUAGUCAUGUUUGAGCGCCAAGCAAAGCGUGCGAAUCUUCACCAAUCAGAAUGGGUUUCGGUUUUAUUGACAAUUUUGCCAACUGACAUAGUUCAGCUGAUUAUGCGAGAACCAGAACAGCAGGCUUAUGAUUACGCUUAUAUAAAAGGGAUACUGCUUAAAAGGUUCAAACUUAGUCCAGAAAAAUUUCGCAUCAAAUUCGUGCAAUCUCAGAAACACCCCCAAACCACUUGGAGAGAUUUUGCCUUUGAAUUAAGGAAUUAUUUUGAAGAAUGGAUUGCAGAUUUGGAAGUUACGGAUUUUGAACUUUUAAAAGAGCUCAUGAUAACGGACCAAAUGAGCGUCGUGCCUAAAUUCCCUAAAGUUCAAAAAGAUUUCAAAUCGCCAGCCGUAGUAAAUAGGGUACAGGAAACUGAAGAAGAUUUUUUAGCCCCGUACACAACGAUGGCUAAGGUGAAUGGAUUCGAUUUACCUGUAUUACGGGAUUCGGGAGCAUCUAUAGAUGUAAUUUGCAACAAAUACAUCACUCCUUCGAUGCUGACGGGCGAAACGGUUUGGGCAAACAUCCGUUUGAUGCGACACCAAUUUGUUUACCCUUAG